AUGGCAUAUUUAUUAUUUCUUACAAGACUUUAUUACAUUAUAUUUACUUUGGCUGUAAUUCUUGGUUUAAUCUGUAGACCCAUUCAAGUUUCAUUACUUCCUUAUGGAAAAAUGAAUCAAGUAACUCAAUUAAAUGCUAGAAAUACAAUUGAGAAAUUUUUUAGAAAUAUGGUUGUUUCUAAAAGUUUAUUUUAUCAAUUUUAUAUUUGUGGAAUUAUUUAUACCUAUUUUAUUACUACAGACUUGGUCAUUUUGCGUAAUGGGAGUAAUGGAUAUUUCGCUAAAUUUGUAAGAUAUAUCGAAGGGAAUGAAAGCGACAACCAAGCAGUAAUAAUUCCUGCUUAUACCAAACAGCCAGUAGAACAAUGUAUAAUUGGAUUACUUAUGAUUUCUAUGCAAGUGACAAGAAGAGCUUACGAAUGUCUUUUCGUGGAUAGAACUUUAGCUAAUUCAAAAAUGCAUAUUUUACAUUAUAUUGUUGGAAUAACAUUUUAUCUGCCAACUUGUUUAUCAACUUUUAUUGAAGGAAUUGGUAACUUGGGUGUUUAUGGAGGAGGAAAAGAUAAAAAUACUUUUACAUUCCCUCCUCUUACCAAUUUUUUAACUUGGAAUAUUUUACUUGGAGUAUCAUUAUUUUUAUACGCUUUUUAUCAUCAAUUUAUAGCUCACAAAAUUCUUGCAUCCCUUCGACCUAAAUCUUCACCUCCUGGCAUUUAUUCUAUUCCCAAAGGGGAUUGGUUUGAUUAUGUUUCAUCAGCUCAUUAUUUUGCAGAAAUUUUGAUAUAUAUUAGUUUCAUUAUAUUAAACAAAGGACAAAUUCUUACUAAUUAUACUGUGGCCAUUUGGACAGCUUUGGUUUUGGGGGUUUCAGCUAAAAAUUCAGAUUUAUGGGGUAUAGAAAGAUUUGGCGAAAAAUGGCCUAAUAGAUGGAAAAUAUUUCCCGGCGUUUAUUAA